AUAACGGCGGCCGGGGGGUCCCUGAGCUCCCUGCCCCGUCCUCAGCCGCCCUCCCAAACGCCCCCACUCGCCUGCUGGCACCGGUUUGCAGGAGGGGAAACUGAGUCAUGGAGCCGAGAGCUGCGGGCAGGGGAGUGGAGAGCCUGAGCAGAGCCCAUAGCAAGCCCAGCUGUCUCCCAGCCAUGGAUACCACGGACGUGCCUCUGCAGGCCGAGAUGGUGGAACUGGUGCCCAACGGGAAGCACACGGCCGCACUCACCGCCUCCACUGUCCCCUCACUGGCGGGUGACAGAUUUGAAGAGAACCAGACUGGCGUGGCAGAGAUGGAGGAGUUCCUGCCCCAUGGCGCCGAGAAGAAGCAGACACACUUCACUGAUUUUGAAGGGAAGACGUCUUUCGGAAUGUCGGUCUUCAACCUGAGCAAUGCCAUCAUGGGCAGCGGCAUCCUGGGGCUGGCCUAUGCCAUGGCCAACACCGGCAUCAUCCUCUUCCUCUUCCUCCUCACAGCAGUGGCCCUGCUCUCCAGCUACUCCAUCCACCUGCUGCUCAAGUCCUCAGGCAUUGUAGGCAUCCGUGCCUAUGAGCAGCUGGGCUAUCGAGCGUUCGGCACGCCGGGGAAGCUGGCAGCGGCCAUCGCCAUCACGCUGCAGAACAUCGGGGCCAUGUCCAGCUACCUGUACAUUGUCAAAUCUGAAGUGCCUCUGGUCAUCCAGACCUUCCUGAACCUGGAGGAGAAGACCACGGACUGGUACAUGAAUGGGAACUACCUGGUGAUCCUGGUUUCUGUCACCAUUAUCCUGCCCCUGGCGCUCAUGAAGCAGCUGGGCUACCUUGGCUACGCCAGCGGCUUCUCCCUCAGCUGUAUGGUCUUCUUCCUGAUCUCGGUCAUCUACAAGAAGUUCCAGAUCCCCUGCCCACUUCCAGAGCAGGAGGGAAACAUCACGGGCAUCCUCAACGUCACCACUGUCAGCACCAGUGACUACCAGAAUGGCUACACAGUCCUCCAGGCCCCCGAGCAGGACACUUGCACACCCAGCUUCUUUACCCUGAACUCACAGACAGCCUACACCAUCCCCAUCAUGGCCUUCGCCUUUGUCUGCCACCCCGAGGUCCUGCCCAUCUACACCGAGCUGAAGGACCCCUCCAAGAAGAAGAUGCAGUGCAUCUCCAACAUCUCCAUCAUGGUCAUGUACCUCAUGUACUUCUUGGCUGCCCUCUUUGGCUACCUCACGUUUUACGACCGUGUGGAGUCAGAGCUGCUGCACACGUACAACAAGGUGGAUCCCUUUGAUGUGCUCAUCCUGUGUGUGCGUGUGGCUGUGCUGACAGCUGUCACCCUCACCGUCCCCAUCGUCCUCUUCCCGGUUCGUCGGGCCAUCCAGCAGAUGCUGUUCCAAGGGAAAGACUUCAGCUGGAUCCGCCACAUUGCCAUUGCUGUGAUCCUGCUGACCUUCAUCAACCUCCUCGUCAUCUUUGCCCCCUCCAUUCUCGGCAUCUUUGGCUUGAUUGGUGCCACCUCCGCUCCCUGCCUCAUCUUCAUCUUCCCUGCCAUCUUCUACAUCCGCAUCAUGCCCAAGGACAAGGAGCCGCUGCGCUCCACCCCCAAAAUAUUGGCUGCCUGCUUUGCCCUCCUCGGAGUGGUCUUCAUGAUCAUGAGCUUGAGCUUCAUCAUCAUCGACUGGGCCACGGGUGGGGGGAAGAGCGGCGGCAGCCACUAGCCACUGCCGGUGCCCAAGCCAACCUCGCCCCCGCCCGCCCGGUGCCCAGGGAGAGCCCACCCUGGGCUCAGCCCCCAUGCUGCAGCCCCACCAGGAUUCCCUGGGGACUUCUGCUGUUGCUGCCCAUCACCUGUGGUGACGGUGAGAGGGCCUGAGCCAUGGCAGGCAUGGAGACUCCUCGACCUGUGUCCGGGAUGGGGCAGUGAGCCCGGGGCAGGUCCUGUGCCCCCCAGCCACUCCAGCGGGCACCUUCCCUGCUCUGCGCCUCAGUUCCCCCAUCUGUAAAAUGGGGAGAAUAAUACUGCCCUACCUCACCCGGAGCUGGCUGUCAGGUGGAGCUCUUGUGCACCCCAAGAGCCACCAGCAGCAGCAGGCACUGCCAGGGGCGCAGGGCACUGCCUGCCGCGGGGACCAAGGCUGGGCACUUCCCUGGCCUCCCCCAGAUAGCAUCAAGAGCCUGAUGAACAGUGUCCGUGGGGGCUGGAAUCCAGCGGGGCGGUCGGACCUGUGACAGCACCUGUGCCCAAGCCGCCCGCCCUCUCCCCUGCCAUCCCCCAUCCCCAGAGAGAUGCCAUCCACUGCCCUGGCAUCGCAGGGGCACCCCGGUCCCUGUGGACAGGUGUGGCGCUCAUGCUGUGGCUGGUGGUGCUCAGCCUGCUGCUCCUGAGCCUGAGGGGAACUGUUGGCUCCGGGUGCCUGUGGAUGGGACCCUGCUGACCCUGGGCCAUGUACGGGGGGGACCAGCUGCAUUGCUCCAGGGAGGUGGCACACAUGCCAUGGGCUUUGCAUCCAUGCUGCGGCUGGGCUGCUGGGGCCUGGUGCA